GCGGACAGCAGCAGCAGCAGCAGCAGCGGAGGGAGGUUGGACCGGGAACAAUAGAGAGAAGCGAAGCCAACCUCCUGGAACAGCGAAGAAAACCGAGCGGGCGACGGAGAGAAAGAAGCGCGGGGGGAUGGAGGGCGCGGGCCGGCGGACGGAGAACAUGUGAGGAGCCACCACCGGAGGAUUGUACCGGAGGGAGCGGAGGAGCUGCACGGACCCCUCGUCCCUCUCUGCCUGCCUUUCUCUUUGUCGGGGGAUUGUAUCGAACCGGAUCCCGGCAUGAACCCUGCAGAGGCGGCCGAGGAGGCGCCCGGCGACCCCGACGCGGAUGCGUUCUACAAAACAGGAUCUUUCAGGACGGAAGGCAUCAGGGCGUCCGACGUCCUUCCUGUGUUGAAGGAGAAAGUUGCCUUUGUGUCAGGCGGGCGAGAUAAACGAGGAGGACCGAUCCUGACGUUCCCUGCCAGGAGCAACCACGACCGAAUAAAACAGGAGGACCUGAGGAGGCUGGUGACCUACCUGUCCACUGUCCCCAGCGAGGACGUGUGCAAACGUGGCUUCACCGUCAUCAUCGACAUGCGCGGCUCCAAGUGGGAGCUGAUCAAGCCGCUGCUGAAGACGCUGCAGGAGUUCUUCCCCGCCGAGAUCUGCGUGGCGCUCAUCAUCAAACCGGACAACUUCUGGCAGAAGCAGAAAACCAACUUUGGCAGCGCAAAGUUCUCCUUCGAGACCAGCAUGGUGUCCGUUGAAGGACUGGCCAAGCUGGUGGAUCCGUCCCAGCUGACGGACGACUUCGAGGGUUCUCUGGACUACAACCACGACGAGUGGAUGGAGCUGAGGGUCUCCCUGGAGGAGUUCAUGUCCAGCGCCGUUCACCUGCUGUCCAGACUGGAGGACCUGCAGGAGCUUCUGUCGAGGAAAGAGUUUCCUUCGGAUGUGGAAGGAUCCCGUCGGUUGAUAGAGGAGCACACACAACUAAAGAAAAAGGUGCUGAAGGCUCCGGUGGAGGAGUUGGACCGCGAAGGCCAGCGGUUGCUGCAGUGCAUCCGGUCGAGUGACGGGUUUUCCGGCAGGAACUGCAUCUCGGGCUCCGCUGACUUCCAGAGCCUGGUGCCCAAGGCGGCCAGUCUGUUGGAUAAGCUCCACUCGACGAGGCAGCACCUCCACCAAAUCUGGCACGUGGGAAAACUGAAGCUGGACCAGUGUUUCCAGCUCCGCCUCUUCGAGCAGGACGCAGAGAAGAUGUUCGACUGGAUCAGCCACAACAAGGAGUUGUUCCUGCAGAGCCACACGGAGAUCGGCCGCGGUUACCAGCACGCCGUGGAGCUGCAGACUCAACACAACCACUUCGCCAUGAACUCCAUGAACGCCUACGUGAACAUCAACAGGAUCAUGUCGGUGGCGAGCCGACUGGCCGAGGCCGGCCACUACGCCUCCGCGCAGAUCAAGCAGAUCUCCACUCAGCUGGACCUGGACUGGAAGAGCUUCGCCGCCGCGCUGGACGAGCGCUCCACCAUCCUCGCCAUGUCGUCCGUCUUCCACCAGAAGGCCGAACAGUUCCUGUCGGAGGUGGACGCCUGGUGCAAGGUCUGCAGCGAGGGGGGGCUGCCGUCCGAGAUGCAGGAGCUGGAGCUCGCCAUCCACCGCCACCAGAGCCUGUACGAGCAGGUCACCCAGGCCUACACCGAGGUGAGUCAGGACGGUAAAGCCCUGCUGGACGUCCUCCAGAGGCCUCUGGGUCCCGGCAACUCCGAGUCGCUGACGGCCAGCGCCAACUACUCCAAAGCGGUCCACUGCAUCCUGGACGUGGUCCACGAGGUCCUGCACCAUCAGCGGCGUCUGGAGAACAUUUGGCAGCACCGGAAGGUCCGACUGCACCAGAGGCUGCAGCUGUGUGUGUUCCAGCAGGACGUCCAGCAGGUGAUGGACUGGAUAGAGAACCACGGCGAGGCUUUCCUCAGCAAACACACCGGCGUGGGCAAAUCCCUCCACCGAGCGCGAGCGCUGCAGAAGAGACACGACGACUUCGAAGACGUGGCCCAGAACACGUACACCAACGCAGACAAGCUGCUGGAGGCGGCCGAGCAGCUGGCGCAGACGGGGGAGUGCGACCCGGAGGAGAUCUACAAGGCGGCCCGGCACCUGGAGGUCCGCAUCCAGGACUUUGUGCGGCGGGUGGAACACAGGAAGCUGCUGCUGGACAUGUCCGUGUCCUUCCACACGCACACCAAGGAGCUGUGGUCGUGGAUGGAGGAGCUGCAGAAGCAGCUGCUGGACGACGUGAGCUGCGACUCGGUCGACUCCGUCCAGAGUCUCAUCCAGCAGUUCCAGCAGCAGCAGACGGCGACGCUGGAGGCGACGCUCAACGUGAUCAAGGAGGGAGAGGAGCUAAUACAGCAGCUCAGAGACGCGGCCAUGUCGACCAACAAGACGCCGCACUGCAGCUCCAUCGCGCACAUCCAGGGGGUGCUGCAGCAGCUGGACGAGGCCCAGGGGCAGAUGGAGGAACUGUUCCACGAGCGCAAGAUCAAACUCGACAUCUUCCUGCAGCUGCGCAUCUUCGAGCAGUACACGAUAGAGGUCACGGCCGAGCUGGACGCCUGGAACGAGGACCUGUCCCGCCAGCUGAGCGACGCCAGCCGCUCGGGCGGCAGCGGCGGCGGCGCCUCCCUUGGCAGCGCGGAGGACAUCGGCCUGGCGGAGCAGCGGCUGAAGCGCCACGCGGAGCGCAAGGCGGCCAUGAACAACAUGACGUACGAGGUGAUGCAGCAGGGCCAAGACCUGCACCAGUACAUCAUGGAGGUCCAGGCCUCAGGGAUCGAGCUGACCGGGGAGAAGGACAUGGACUUGGCCUCGCAGGUGCAGGAGCUGCUGGAGUUCCUCCACGAGAAGCAGCAGGAGGUGGAGCUCAACGCGCAGCACACGCACACGCGGCUGGAGCAGAUCCUGCAGCUGCGCCACCUGCAGGCCGAGGUCAAACAGGUGUUGGGCUGGAUCCGUAACGGUGAGUCCAUGUUGAACGCCAGCAUGGUGAACGCCAGCUCCCUGUCUGAGGCCGAGCAGCUGCAGAGGGAACACGAACAGUUCCAGAUGGCAAUAGAGUCUCUCUUCCACGCCAACUCCCUUCAGAAGACUCAUCAGAGCGCCCUGCAGGUCCAGCAGAAAGCCGAGAUGAUGCUGCAGGCGGGCCACUACGACCCGGAGGCCAUUCGAAGCUGCGCCGAGAAGGUGGCGGUCCACUGGCAGCAGUUGAUGCUGAAGAUGGAGGACCGGCUGAAGCUCGUCAACGCCUCGGUGGCCUUCUACAAGACGUCGGAACAGGUGUGCAGUGUGCUGGAGAGCCUGGAGCAGGAGUACCGUCGGGACGAGGACUGGUGCGGCAGCCACGACAAACUGGGACCGUCUGUGGAGAGCGACUACCUGCUGCCCCUGAUCAGUAAACACCUGGAGCAGAAGGAAGCCUUCCUCAAGGCCUGCACUCUGGCCCGGAGGAACGCCGAGGUGUUCCUGAAGUACAUCCACCGCAACAACGUGAGCAUGCCCGGAGCGGCCAGUCACGCCAGAGGGCCCGAGCAGCAGGUCAAAGCCAUUCUGAACGAGCUGCUGCAGAGGGAGAACCGAGUUCUUCACUUCUGGACGCUGAAGAAACGACGGCUGGACCAGUGUCAGCAGUACGUGGUGUUCGAACGCAGUGCCAAACAGGCCCUUGAUUGGAUCCAGGAGACAGGUGAGGUCUACCUGGCCACGCACACGUCGCCCGGCGACAGCAGUGAGGAAACACAGGAGCUCCUCAGCAAAUACCAUCACUUCAGACUCACUGCCAAGCAAACCAAGGAGAAGGUGAAGCUGCUGAUCCAGCUGGCGGACAACCUGGUGGAGAAAGGCCACGCCCACGUGUCGGAGCUGAAGCGGUGGGUGAGCACGGUGGACCGCCGGUACCGCGACUUCUCCCUGCGCAUGGGCAAGUACCAGGAGAGUCUGGAGCGGAGCCUGGGGGUCAGCUCAGAGGACAACAAGGACUUGGAGCUGGACAUCAUCCCCGCCAGCCUGACGGACGACCCCGAGGUCAAACUGCGCGACCCCAAAGACGAGGUCAACGAGGAGAAGAGGAAGUCUGCGAGGAAGAAGGAGUUCAUCAUGGCCGAGCUACUGCAGACGGAGAAGUCCUACGUCAAAGAUCUCCACGAGUGUCUGGAGACCUACCUGUGGGAGAUGACCAGCGGCGUGGAGGAGAUCCCCCCGGGCAUCGCCAACAAGGAGCACGUCGUCUUCGGCAACAUGCAGGAGAUCUGCGACUUCCACAACAAUAUUUUCCUGAAGGAGCUGGUGAACUAUGAGCAGCUGCCCGAGGACGUGGGCCACUGCUUCGUCACCUGGGCUGAUAAGUUCCACAUUUACGUGGAUUACUGCAAGAACAAACCAGACUCCAGCCAGCUCAUACUGGAACACGCCGGCAACUUCUUUGAUGACAUCCAGCAGAAACGUGGACUGGCUAACUCCAUCUCCUCCUACCUCAUCAAACCAGUCCAGAGGAUCACCAAGUACCAACUGCUGCUGAAGGAGUUACUGUCCUGCUGUGAGGAGGGCAAAGGGGAGAUCAAGGACGGUCUGGAGGUGAUGCUCAGUGUUCCUAAGAGAGCAAAUGAUGCCAUGCAUCUGGCCAUGUUGGAGGGCUUCGAGGAGAACCUGGAGGUGCAGGGCGAGCUCAUCCUGCAGGACAGCUUCCAGGUCUGGGACCCGCGCUCGCUGAUCAGGAAGGGCCGGGACCGCCACCUCUUCCUGUUCGAGUUCUCCCUGGUCUUCAGCAAGGAGAUCAAAGACUCGGCGGGCAGAACCAAGUACCAGUACAAGAACAAACUACUGACGUCUGAGUUGGGGGUGACCGAGCACAUUGAGGGCGACUCGUGUAAAUUCGCUCUGUGGGCAGGAAGAACCCCGUCCUCCGAUAAUAAGACUGUGCUCAAGGCGUCCAAUAUGGAAGCGAAGCAGGAGUGGAUCAAGAACAUCAGGGAGGUGAUCCAGGAGAGGAUGACUCACCUGAAGGGGGCGCUGAAGGAGCCUCUGCACCUGCCCAAAACACCAGCACUGACCAGACCCAGGAAUAACACCAAGAGGGACGGAGGUGAAGACGGAGACAGUCAGGGAGACGGCAGCCAACCAGACACCAUCUCCAUCGCGUCCCGGACGUCCCAGAACACUGUGGACAGCGACAAGCUCUCUGGUGGAUGCGAGUUGACGGUCGUCCUCCAUGACUUCACGGCGGGAUGCAGCACGGAGAUGUCCGUCAGCACCGGUCAGACGGUGGAGCUGCUGGAGCGGCCCAGCGAGCGGCCCGGCUGGUGUCUGGUGCGCACCACCGACCGCAGCCCGCCGCAGGAGGGACUGGUGCCCAGCUCGGCGCUCUGCGUGUCGCACUCGCGCUCCAGCGUGGAGAUGGACUGUUUCUUCGGCUCGGGGAAAGAAAACUAUCCGGUGGGCGGCUCCGAUGGGAAGACCGAGUCGGUGGCCAACCUGCAGCCGCAGCCGUCCCUCAGCUCCCUGCAGUCCAGCAGCUCGCCGGGGCCCAAGCGCUCCGGGAACACGCUGAGGAAAUGGCUGACCAGCCCGGUCCGCCGCCUCAGCCACGGCAGCUCCGUCAAGAAGCUGCCCAGCAACAAGCAGAAGAAGACGGGACCAGGAUCCGGGAGAGAGGAGAACAGAAAGAGCGUUGACCUGGGACAGCCCGACCUCGGCCUGCAGGACGACAACAUCGACGAGAGAGUCCUCAGUAAGGACGGGAACCUCCUCUCGAAGACGCCGUCCGGGAUGCAGAGCGGCGGCGAGGAGGAGCAGGACGAGGAGGCGCACACGCCCCUGCCCCCGCCCAUGGAGAUCAUCAAGGACCCGUCGGCUCAGGACGACAAGUCGUCGUCCUUGCUAACGUCUCUGCAGUCGUCGUCCGAGGUGCCCAGCGCCGCAGAGCUGGUUAGCGCCAUAGAAAAACUGGUUAAAACCAAGAUGACCCUGGAACCCGGAGCGUACCCGGGGUUCUCCGCGCUCACUCCGCCCGAACAAACCACUCCCGUGCAGCCGCGGAACCCCGAGCUGGAGCAGAGGGCCAAAGCCAUGAGGGGCCGCAUGUUUGUCCUGAACGAGCUGAUUCAGACGGAGAAGGACUACGUCAAGGAUCUGGGCAUCGUGGUGGAGAGCUUCAUGAAGAGAAUCGAGGAGAAGGGCGUCCCCGACGACAUGAAAGGAAAAGACAAGAUCGUCUUCGGGAACAUCCACCAGAUCUGCGACUGGCACAGAGAUUUCUUCGUAGGUGAGCUGGAGAAGUGUCUGGAGGACAACGAGCACCUGGCCGAGCUCUUCAUCAAACACGAGAGGAGACUCCACAUGUACGUGGUUUACUGUCAGAAUAAGCCAAAGUCCGAGUUCAUCGUAGCAGAAUACGACACGUAUUUUGACGGAAUCCAGCAGGACGUCCAGUCCAGACUGUCCAUCAGCGACUUCCUCAUCAAACCCAUCCAGAGAAUCACCAAGUACCAGCUGCUGCUGAAGGACUUCCUGAAGUUCAGCUCCAAGGCGGGACUGGACUGUGAACAAAUCGAGAAAGCCGUAGGUCUGAUGUCUCAGGUCCCCAAGCUGUGCAACGACAUGAUGAAUCUGGGUCGUCUGCAGGGCUACGAGGGCAAGCUGACCAGUCAGGGCAAGCUGCUGCAGCAGGAGACCUUCUUCGUGACGGAGCAGGACGCCGGCGUGCUGUCGCGCUCCAAGGAGCGGCGGGUCUUCCUCUUCGAGCAGAUCGUCAUCUUCAGCGAGCUGCUCCGCAAGGGCUCGUCCACGCCCCGGUACCAGUUCAAGAAGAGCAUCAAGAUUUCCUACCUGGGUCUGGAGGAGAGCGUGGACAACGAUCCGUGCAAGUUCGUCCUGUCCUGCCGCGGCUCGUCGGAGCGGUUCACGCUGCAGGCGGCCAACGUCGACAUCAAGCAGGUCUGGAUCCAGCACAUCCAGGUAGUGCUGGACGCGCAGAGCAACUUCCUGUCUGCUCUCCAGUCUCCCAUCGAGUACCAGAAGGAGAAGAGCUGCGUCGCAGGAGGAGGAGGAGGAGGAGGAGGAGGAGGAGGAGGAGGAGGAGGAGGCGGCGGCGGCGGCGGCGGCAGCUCGGCGUCGCUCACCAGGAACCGCUCGUCCUCCGGGAACCGGCCCGCCGCCUCCUCCCACAGCCGGCCGUCCUCUGCCGUCGGCCUCGGCGACAAGGAGUCGUCGGAGUGGGGGAGGAGCCAGAUGAAAGUGUCCACGUCCAACGGCGGCUCGUCGUGUUUUGACCCCCGGGACGGCGACGGCGGCUGCAACGGCGUCUCCUCCACCAUGUCGGUCACCCAGGACUACUCGGCGCUCAAGGAGAACGAGAUCUGCGUGAGCCAGGGCGAGACGGUGCAGAUCCUGGCCACCAACCAGCAGAACAUGUACCUCGUGUACCGGCCGGCCAACAGCCUGUCGCCGGCCGCCGAGGGCUGGGUCCCGGGACGUGUCCUGCGCCCCGCCGCCAAGGCCAUCAAAGACUCCUCGUCCACGUCGUCCUUCCCGGCGGCGGUGGCCGACGCCAACAACAUCAAGAAGUCUCUGUCGUGGAACACGCUGCGCGCCCGGAAGCGCGCCGAGGCCAGGGACGCCACCUUGGCGGGGGUCAGGGGUCACGAGAACGGCCUCCUGCGUAAGCCCAAAGAAACCACGCCCCCUCCUCCCCCUCUCGCCUCCCCCGCCACUCGGGCGAAGGGCAAAGACGUUCACACGUCAGACGAGUCGGACUGUGACGACGACCUCGACCCAAAGUCCGGCAUGGAGCUCCUCAACCCAAACUUCAUCCAGGAAGUGGCUCCAGAGUUCCUCGUCGCCCUGUCGGACGUGGUCUGUGCGUUCGGCGAGACGGUCGUCCUCUGCUGCAAAGUCUGCGGACGACCCAAACCCUCCGUGACCCUGAAGGGCCCCGACCAGAACCCGGUGACCAGCAACAGUCGCUUCACCAUCGACAUCAGGGAUACGGGUGACAUCUUGUUGAAGAUCUGUAAUCUGAUGCCCCAGGACACGGGCAUCUACACCUGCGUCGCCGUCAACGACCACGGCUCCGCCUCCUCCUCCGCCUCCAUUAAAGUGCAAGGUAUCCCAGCAGCCCCAGGGCGGCCCGUGGCGCAGGAAGCCAGCAGCACGGCGGUGAUGGUCCACUGGCCUCCUCCGGCUUCGUCCGCUCACUGUGCAGUCAGCAGCUACACUGUGGAGUACAGGCAGGAAGACUCGUUGCUGUGGCAGCAGGUGGCCAGCAGCAGGGAGGAGUGUGUUCAGAUCGACGCCCUGAUCCCCGGCGGCCACUACCAGUUCAGGGUGCGGGCGUCCAACCGCUGGGGCGUCGGCCCGCCGUCCGAGCCCUCCAACAUGGUCACGCUGCCCAGCGGCAACUCGGGAUACGACGGAACAGGAAUCCAGUGGAAGGAAAACUUUGACUCGACUUUCUCCGAGAUCUGUGAGAUUGGAAGGGGGCGAUUUUCCGUGGUGAGAAAGUGUCUCAACAAGUCUACGAAGAAGGAGGUCGCAGUGAAGUUCGUGAGUAAGAAGAUGCAGAAGAAGGAGCAGGCGGCGCACGAGGCGGACCUCCUUCAGCACGUGCAGAAUCACCAGCUGGUGGCGCUGCUGGACACGUACGAGUCUCCCAGCUCUCUGAUGCUGGUCCUGGAGCUGCUGGAGGACGGUCGUCUGCUCGACUACCUCGUCGCCCACGACGAGCUGAUGGAGGAGAAGGUGGCGUUCUUCAUCCGGGAAACUCUGGAGGCCGUGCAGCACCUUCACACCUGCAGAGUAGCUCACCUGGAUCUGAAGCCUGAGAACAUCCUGGUCGACCUUCACUCUCCCACCCCGGCUAUUAAACUCAUCGACCUCGGCGAUGCGGUCCAACUGUCCGCCCAUCGCCGUUACGUCCACCUGCUGCUCGGAAACCCGGAGUUCGCGGCGCCCGAGCUCAUCCGCGGGACGCCGGUCUCCGUCGCGACGGACGUGUGGAGCGUGGGCGUGCUGGCGUACGUGCUGCUCAGCGGCGUUUCGCCGUUCCUGGACGAAUCGCCCGAGGAGACCUGCGUCAACAUCUGCCGCCUGGACUUCUGCUUCCCGGACGAGUACUUCCGCGACGUGAGCCAAGCGGCGAGGGACUUUGUGUCGUCGGUGCUGCAGCAGGACCAGAGGAAGAGGCCGAGCGCCACUUCCUGCCUGCAGCACCCGUGGGUGGGCCGCGGGGGCGCGCACGGCGGCGAGCACUCCAAGACGCCUCUGGACACGUCGCGGCUCGCCACGUUCAUUGACCGAAGGAGGCAGCUGCACGACGUUCGGCCCAUCACCAAUAUCAAAGGGCUGGUGAGCAGCAGCAUGGGCAACACACUGUGAAGGACCGAGGAGUGUUUGAACACCCAAUCAAAAUCCAUCUGUGACCACCAGUUAUGACAUCACAAUAAAUUCUAAGCAUUUAAUUAUCUUAAUUUAUUUAUUCAUGAGCGAGUGGGGGAAAGGAUUCAGGAUUCAGGGCCUGUGGUGCGAGACUUAACAUUCUUGCCACUAGGACCACCAGGCCACUUUCGUCCAGAGAAAAAAACAACAUUUUAAUUCAUGGCUGUACGAUAUUAAAUUGUUGACCAACGUUUCAUCUGGUCUUUUUUUCCACCUAGUCUCAAACGUUAUCUAGGACACGACGGCCUAGACGCCCCACGAGAACCCAAAGAACAGAGACCACUGUGAACAAGUACGACGGCAACAUCUUUGGUUCUAUCCAAACGUUUAUUUUUACAGAGGAAAAAAACCAACAUAUAUUUAUCAAAGACGACGGCCUGUUAUGCUAAAUCCCAAUGUACCUUAACGUAGAUCUGCAGAAGGUCGUUUCGUCUUGUACCUGAGGCGUUACUCUCUCGCUCAGGGACACUGGACUCGGGGUACCAGGACUAAAAGGUAACUCAAGUUUUUUUGGCCACUAGAGGGAGCUCGCAAAAAAACAAACUUUUUUCGCCUGACCAGCGAUUGAUAUCAAAACUGGUUCUACACUGUGACGAAUAUGCUAAUAAUGUGUUUGUAGGCGUCUAAUUUAAGAUAAAUUAAGAUCGUGAGAAACUAAGGAGUCUGAUCGGCAAUGUCUUGCUAGUUAGCACUGACGACUGAUUUUCAGCCCUUGAGGACUCGACCUGGGAUUGUCGGUGCGUUUUAUUAUAUUGUAGCUUGAGGGACAAAAAAGAAAACUUAAUUAGGAAUAGUACUUUUGUGGAACAGUGUUGUGAUGGUGAAUCAAGAACGUCUAGAAAACGUCUGUCUCGUUCAUAAGGACUCAACAGUAGACGUCCGAUGUGCCCAGAGAUGAUUUCACUCAGUAGCAAGGACGUUCAGUUAAUUGUGGGCGUUGACCAUGUGCCGAUUGGUCGAGUGUGAAAAUUAGACCCUAAGCUGCAGCCAUCACGAAUCCUGGACUUACUGGGAUGUUGUACUCGUCUUGUCCGUCCGGCAUGAAGCGGAACAGACCACAGAACAAUCCUGGAUGAUUCCAGGUAACAAGUCCUGACUUUUUUUGAUGGAACCGAAUUGGACCUUCGUAUCACAUAGCUUUUCAUUUAUGAAGCAUUUAUUUACGGACUGAGGAUCGGCAUCGGAUUUGCAACAGUGACCUGGACCAGUCUGGUCUGUGCUAAGUGGAGCUGGAACACGAAGACAGACCCUGGACACACUGAGCAGAGUUUCCACUACGUCACCGACUGAUGUGUACUGAACUCUGCUGCUACCGAGAGGGAAUCGUCCUUGGACUGUGGAAAGUACUUCACAGGAUUUCUGAACACAGGACGCGAAGCCAAGGCUGAAAUCGGCCGGAAAGGACGGAAUUAGUUCGUAUCGCUGUUUACAAACACUUAGGUAGUUUCCAGAACAGUAGAAAAAUCAGGGAAAAGAAGCUGCAUGUGAAAUCACGAGAAGAAGAAAAAACCUGCGACCUGCGAUGUGAAAUGAACUCAAUCCCUGAUUGAAACUUGUUAACAUUAUUUUUUGGAAGUACAUUUGUCUACUAACCAUUGCGGAAAAUCACCAACUGUCGUGUUCGGUUCUCAAUCAUCUGGCUUGUAAAAGAAAAAAAUGCUGAGUCGUCCUCGGGCGGAGAGAGGAGUUUCGUUUCUACUGAUGAAUGUCAUUUUCUUGUAGAAUGUGUUUCUGCCGAUAUAAGUGCUCUCUUCUUGCUUUCACCGAACGCUAUCACGUGAUAUAUAUAUAUAUAUAUAUAUAUCACGGUACAAUAUUCCAGCCUAGCACUCAUGAGGUAUGAGGUAUAACCCCCCAGCCUUCAAACAAACUCAGCAGUUCUCCGGAAUGUUUAAGUUCGACUGAGGUCUGUAUUUCUGUGCAACCUUUUAUUUAUUUGCUUAUUUCAUUUUACGUUCAAAGUCUUUGACUCUCCGGUUGUUUUCUCGUCUGCCCCCUUUGGAUUGAAACUGCUGCCCAGUUGACAGCUUGUAAAAGGAAGAAAUAUUAAAAAACUUGAUAAUGCA